AUGAAGAUAACUACCACAGCCCUGAUCAUUAGUCUGUGCGGCUCAGCUGUUGGAGUCCCAGUCAGAAAUGCUGAAUUAGAUGCCGAAAAGCGUUCCCCCCAGGCCUUUAGGAACGGUGGCUCAAGCGCAGAUCUCCCAUUGCCCACCAAUCUUGGUUCUUUGGGCCUGGGAGGCUCUGGCAUAAUUCCAUCUGGCCUGCCGUUUCCAUCUGGCCUGCCGUUUCCAUCUGGUCUGCCGCUUCCAUCUGGUCUGCCGUUUCCAUCUGGCCUCCCAAUUCCGAGUGGAUUCGGUAAUCUAGGCGGCCUGGGGAAUCUAGGUGAUCUGGGAUCUUUGCUUGGUGGGCUAGGUGGCAGUUCGUCCAGCGACCUUGAUAGUUUGCUCAGUGGACUUAAAGCGCGAGAUGUUUCUGUUACUCGUCGUGAAAGCCCCCAGGGAGGGACUCGUGUGACUAGACGUGCUGGUUCGAUUACUGAAAACGGAGUCACAGAUAAGGACGCUUGUCAGCCAUUAACGCUCAUUUUCGCACGAGGAACUUCAGAGUUGGGAAAUAUGGGGUCCGUUGUAGGCCCUCCUUUGGCCAGCGCCCUUCGUUCUCUCACAAACAAUAGUGUUACUGUUCAAGGUGUUGACUAUCCAGCGUCCAUUGAGGGCAAUGCUUUGCUCGGCGCAUCAGGUGGCCCUACGAUGGCAAGUCUUGUAAAACAAGCAUUGUCUCAAUGCCCAAAUACUAAGGUCGUCCUUGGCGGCUACUCUCAAGGGGCGAUGGUGGUCCAUAAUGCUGCAAGCAGUCUCUCUGCGGACCAGGUUAAGGCUGCCGUCCUCUUUGGUGACCCUUUUAAAGCAGAGGCUGUUGGCUCCAUUCCCUCAGCCAAUGUCAAAGAAUUCUGCGCAGAAGGGGACCCUGUCUGUUUAAAUGGUGCCAACGUCCUCGCUCACUUGUCUUAUGGAGACGAUGCCCAGACUGCAGCACAAUUCCUGGUCCAGGCAACUGGCGUGUAG